AUGGGCGUUGGGGUCUUUGCAGCCCAGAGCGCGGCCGCGGGCCCCUGGGGGUCUGAAAACCCGGCCGGCGGGGAGACGAAGCGGGGCCGGGCCUUUGUGACUUGCUGGCUGAGCGAUCCCAAGCUGCGCUGUUGCCAGAGCCCAGCCCCAAGCGCCAGGUGCCGCAGGCCCUGCCCAGCUGCCCCCCUCCCCCGCAGGAUCCUGCUGACGGUGGUGGUGAUCUUCCGGAUCCUGAUCGUGGCCAUCGUGGGCGAGACGGUGUACGAGGACGAGCAGACCAUGUUCAUGUGCAACACCCUGCAGCCGGGCUGCAACCAGGCCUGCUACGACCAGGCCUUCCCCAUCUCCCACAUCCGCUACUGGGUCUUCCAGAUCAUCCUGGUGUGCACGCCCAGCCUGUGCUUCAUCACCUACUCCGUGCACCAGGCGGCCAAGCAGCGCUACCCGCUGCUGGAGAAGGACGCCCGCAAGGGCCGGGCGGCCAACGGCAUCCUGGUGCACCACCCCGGGGCCUCGGCCAAGGAGGAGCCCGACUGCCUGGAGGUGAAGGAGCUGCCCAGCACGCCCCUGCGCCCGCCCAAGAGCGCCAAGGCCAAGCGGCAGGAGGGCAUCUCCCGCUUCUACAUCAUCCAGGUGGUGUUCCGCAACGCGCUGGAGAUCGGCUUCCUGGCGGGCCAGUACUUCCUGUACGGCUUCCACGUGCCGGCCCUCUUCGAGUGCGGGCGCUACCCCUGCGUCAAGGAGGUGGAGUGCUACGUCUCCCGGCCCACCGAGAAAACCGUCUUCCUGGUCUUCAUGUUCGCCGUCAGCGGGAUCUGCGUGCUGCUCAACCUGGCCGAGCUCAACCACCUGGGCUGGCGCAAGAUCCGGGCGGCCAUGCGGGGGGUGCAGGCUCGCCGCAAGUCCGUGUGCGAGGUGCGCAAGAAGGACCUGUCCGCCCUGGCCCAGGCGCCGCCCCUGGGGCGCACCCAGUCCAGCGAGUCGGCCUACGUCUGAGCCCCCCC